CUUGACCGCAGUUUUGCUCAUAUGCAAAAAGCCAUUAAUCCACAAGAAACUCCUCCUAAGCCAAAACACGUUAGGGCAAUUAUUUUAGAGACACAUCAGCAAAGGAGUUCGAGUUUCUUAUACCCUGCAGUACGGGAAUUGCAAGUCCUAUCGAAUCAAGUCUGUUGUUGGAAAUUUCUUAUUGUUCUACAUAAAGUUAUGCGGAGUGGUCAUAGCGAGGUACGCGCUGUGUACUUUAUAAACUGCAUAUUAGGCUAUUCGUUAUGUUCCCCAAAAGUCGUCUGCAGUUUGUAUAACUCUAGAGCUUUCGUGAUUUUUGACAAAAUUUUGACUCAUUCUGCGUCAGAAAUGGCAUCCACUGCUGCAUGUAGAUCGGUGCAAAUAAAGUAUUUGUCAUUUCCUGAACAGAUAUUUAUGUAA